AUGAAUCCUGGGACUUGUAGUUCUUAAGGCCGCAGAGCGCGUUGAAUAUAAACAGUUCGAAACUACAAGUGCUAAGAUGCUGCGCAACCGCAGUAUGUUCGAUGGGGUCGAAAAAGCGCAUCCCGUAUGAUACGUCCUGGAUCGCUGCAGUUGUCGAGGGAAACGCGAGAAGAUAAACGUUAUCCAGAUCGGGUGAAUAACUUUCCUCCCCUGCCCCAGUUUAUGAAAAUAAAGCCCUGCUUUUACCACAACAUUGAAGAAGAAAUUCCUGCACCCUACCAGCAGUUGGUGCGCAGAGUCUACACGCUAUGGAUGAUGUAUUCAGGAACACUAUGCAUGAAUGUGAUCUCAUGUAUUGCUUGGUGGGCUGGGGGUGGAGAUGCCACCCACUUUGGCUUUUCCCUACUCUGGCUCGUCCUUUUCAGCCCUUGCAGUUACACCUGCUGGUUCAGACCACUCUACAAAGCCUUCAGGGCCGAUAGCUCGUUCAACUUCAUGGCCUUCUUCUUCAUCUUCUUCCUUCAGUGUGUCUUCGCCGUCAUCCAGGCUAUCGGCAUCCCUGGCUGGGGAACAUGCGGCUGGGUGGCGACAGUGAUUUUUUUCAGCGUAAAUGUGGGCUCGGCUAUAGUGAUGCUUAUCACAACUCUGCUCUUCACUCUGGUGGCUGCUUUAAUGGCACUGGUUCUCAUUAAGGUGCACAGACUGUACCGUGGAGGCGGCGGUAGUUUGGAGCGCGCUCAGGAAGAGUGGAGCACCGGGAUGUGGAAGAGUGCACCAGUGAGGGAAGCAGGGUUCAACGCUGUUGCUCAGACGGCCCAAGGCCCGAGCUUGCCCCAGUACCCUGCAGCAGUGCCAAGCUAUCCCGACAACAGUCACUGGUGAUAGCUGAGAGUCACCUCUAGAUGGAGAUAGCUGGCCAUUUAUGUGGUGCACAAGGAGCACCUCAAAGCACCAAAUAAUUAUACCCUUACAUUACAAAAUGCAUAGAUGUUUUUUUUUUUUUUUUGAAUGACAGGAUUGCUAUAAAACGUUUUAUCAAUGAAUUUUGUCACCAAAGCUCAUUAAAACCCUACUCUUGUAAUAGAGGGUAUACCAUUCCAUUUCAACUUUGUUUACAUAUAGUUUAUUAAAAUGACUGAGGAAGAAAUACAAUUUUAUGCUCAGAAGAAAUUUGCUUAGGAAAAUGUACAGUCUUGCAAAUAUGCAAUUGGAAAGUGAAGAAGAGUGUGAACUGUUUGAGGAUAGCAGGACGUGUGCCUUAUGGACCUUUAUGAUAGCAUUACUUUAUGUAUAUGCCAGAUCUGCAUGCUAGAAAUUGUAGUAUGCUGAAGAAAAGGUUUUUUUUUUUUUUUUUUUUUUUUUGGUCUUUUACAACAAGAGAACGUCUGCAAACUGCAUGAUUUUUAUCUGGUGGAAUUCUUCUCUGUAUAAUACGUGUGUUCAGGCAGGAGUUCAGUUUAUUUUUGAUACGUUUUUAUCUCCUUGCUUGCCUGCUUUGGCUGUGAGUUCUUGAAAUGCGCCUUAAUUUUGCCUAUAGAUUUUGCAUGUGAAAAAUAUCUUGCUUGAUUUUUGCCUUAACAAGUGCUGCUUUUUUGUUCAACUGGACUUGUGCUUCAGUGAAGCAACGUGUGGAAACGUUUCAAAAGUUGUUGGUGCGUAAUCCUGAGCACCGAUGUGCCAAAACCCUUGCCUCGUUCCAUUAUUUUGAUACUGAAAAAAGUCACACCCAAAGUAGAUGUUGUUUUGUACUGUGUCUCAGUAUUUCUCAGUUUCUGUAGUUCCAAAGCUACACUGUUUACUUUUAGUGGUCAGCGCCCUGCCGUGAAAGCACCUUAUCAGCUGUUGUCAAUGUUCCAGUCACUUUCUCUUUCCCUGGAUAGACUGAAUUUUUGUGUUUAGUGACUGUAGUGUGCUUGCAUGCAGCAUAUCAUGGGUGUGGGACUGAACAGGAUUCUCUUUAUUUCAGAUGAACUGACCACAUCUGACCAAUACAAACUGACACAAACAACUGACUGAAAAAAUGACUGCAAAUAGGUCAGCAGUCAAAUGAAAUUUUGCGUGUAAAUGAUGUCACAGUCUGUUCAAAUGCAGUCUGAUAUUCUAAGUAUGAACUAAUUUACUGUGAUUCCAACAAACCUCUGUAAAGAAUCUGAUCAAACCCAAUGAAUUCGGAUUUUUAUGCAGGCCAUAUAACAGUUCAACUGAUUUUAUUUUGGCUCAGUGAUCCAGUCAGAGCCUAUUUUAAGUGAAGUACUGACUGGAAAUAAAAGGUGACUGCCUCAGUUUGACUGUUUACUUUUCUUUUGUUACAAAAGUGUCCUUCAUGGCCAACUGCCAAGAUCAGUAUUUUGAUUUUUCUCUGUUAUUUGAUAAGUGACAAAAUAUGAUAUAUCUUAAAGUAACCUUUAAAUAUUGUAACAUUUCAAUAAAUAUUCUUAUUCCCA